CAGGCCGUGGUCACCCAGGAGCCCGAUGUGCAAGGCAGGUGUGAGUGCCAGGACAGCAUUCCUGGAGAUGAAGGCCUGGAGCUGCGGUCUGCGGACUCGGCAGUGCCCGUGGCCAUGACCCAGGCUGCUGUGCGGCCCUGGUCACCCUGCCUGGAGAACAUGACCACUGCCCCGAACGGCCUCGGGCCAGGCCCCGCAGCCCCCUGUCCAGGCUCCGACCUGAAAGACCCCAAGAUGGUGACCUCCCUUGCGUGUGGAAAUGGAGUCUGUGGCUGCAGCCCUGGUGGCGACACAGACACCCAAGAAGCCAAACUCAGCCCAGCCAAGCUUGUGCGCCUCUUUUCCACCAGUCGGAAGAGGAUGAGUGCCCACCCCGAGCGGCCCCGCUCCAUGGUCCUGGUGGGCAGCUCCUCCACAUGGAACACCCUCGCCUCCUUCCGGAAAAUGGGAUCCUUUAAGAAACUGAAGUCCUCAGUCCUGAAAGGAAUUCAGAGCCGAGAGGGGUCAAAUGCCUGUUCCAAGGGAGAAGCUUUGGAGCACGGCCUGGGAAAGCCCAUCCCGCAUGGCGCUGUCCCAGCAGCCCAGGCAAGCAGGGGCUCCCCUUCAGCCCCGAGACCAGCGUGUGGUACCCUCAGGCCAGCAGAGGGGGGCACACUGGAUGGCUCCGACCUCGAGGACAUGGACGAUACCUUCCAGCGGAGCACACACCGCUCCCGCAGCCUCCGCAGAGCCUACGGCCUGGGCCGCAUCUGCCUGCUGGAUGCGCCCCAGAACCACGCAACACCCACGAUAGCCACUGGCCAGGUGCCCACCAUGUGUGAGAUUCUUGUGAGGGAUCCUGAAAACAACAGCCUGGGCUACAGGAGGAGCAAGAGCACUGACAACCUUGCCUUUCUGAAGAAGAGCUCCUUUAAGCGGAAGUCCACCUCCAAUCUUGCAGACCUCAGGACGGCGCAUGACACCCAGGUGCCACAGAGGACCCUGAGCAGUUCCUCCACUGACUCCCAAAAGCCUGGGUCAGGGAGGACCAAACGCUGGAGGAGCCCGAUAAGGGCCAAGGACUUUGACAGAGUCUUCAAACUUGUGAGCAAUGUGACUGAGGCCGCCUGGAGGAGGGAGAGUCCCAGGAGUGGGGCCCCGUCCCCUGGUGAGGCCAGCCUGAGACUCCAGGCACACAGCCGGCUGCAUGACGACUACUCCCGCCGCGUCUCCAGGAGCACGGAGCAGGACAGCAGGCGGGGCGGGGCGGUCAUGCAUGUUUCCACUGCAGCCUGCACCGUGGCCGCUGGUUUCAGCUCGGCCACCUCUAAGGGGCCCCACGUAGACGCUGACACCGCCAUAUUUCCUCUUGAAGCCAAAAGUUCCUGGGCGGUGGAAAGCGACAGUCCUUGCGCUGGCAGCUCCUCGCCAAGCCUGAUUGUCCAGGAUGUGUUGAGCAAAGACUGCUGUGACCCAAACGCUGGCAGCCAGUCCACAUUUGACCCUGAGCAGCCUCCCACUCCUCUAAGGCCCGCCACACCCAAGCCCCAGAGCCUUCAGAGCCCCGGGGCAGGAAGUGCCAAGUGUCACAGCAAUCACGGUGCCCCAUCCGUGAGUUCGGAGGAAAGUGAUGGAAGGGCGGAAGGGUCUGCUCAGAGAGAGCCAGGGCCUGUGUCCUUGCAGGGUCCUGUGGAAGCCACACAUGGUGUUGAGGGCAGCAAGGACCUUUUGGUGACCACUGGUGGGGCAGCCAGCCCAAAAGAAGAGGAGGAGGAGGAGGUCUUCCAUAAUGGCCCAUGGAGGCGAGGUUCAUCACAGGAUGAGGAAAGGACAGAGGCACAGAGAACCCCCAGGAGGAGAUGGGGCUCUGGGAGACGGCCAAGGCCUCGGCCGUUCUCUGACUACGGCCAGCUGGCCAGCCGCAGUUUGUCUAUUCCUGAAGACUCGGUUGCUGCAGACCCCCAGAAGGAAGACCGUGUGAACGAGGACCCCCAGGCAAGCUUGACUUCUGCCAGCCCUGAAAACCAGAAUGCUCCAGUGGGCUGCCCCAAAGGAGCCCGGAGAAGACGCCCCAUUUCCGUGAUAGGUGGGGUCAGCUUGUAUGGGACCAACCAGACGGAGGAACUGGACAGUCUUCUGACACAAGUAAGAUCUGGUGUGCACCUCCCCAAGCCAGCAGAGGCCCUCCAGCUUCCUGCCUCUGUUCUCUCUGCACACUAA